GCUUUUGAGUCUGAUAGAAAAGUUGAUAUGAAUUUGAAAUCACUUAGAAAAGUAUCGUUGGAAUUAUUUUAUUUUUUUAAACAGCUUUUUAGUCAAGAUUCUAGAAAGUUGCAGGCUUCUUAUCUUGAACGCAACUCCUAUGGAAUCCGCUACGCAAACUACGUAGUUGCUGUCAAAGUUUCCCGCGAAACUACUGCACAUGCAAAUCUAUAUCAAAACAUUUCUGCACUGGUGAUAUCCUUGCACUGGGUAACCCAGCAGUCUCUUAGCACCUUACCAAUAAGAGCAGAGGAGCGGUCAUCUCGUGGCAGUUCAGCAGCCUGUUCCUGAUAUUGUCGCAGCAUCUAAAAGUCGAGACGGGCCAUGAGUGAGGUAAAGGAUAGGGAUUGUGAUCCCCAUAACUCCCAUGUUGACAGGAGAUGGGACAGUCAGUUGUCAGUCCUCCCAGACAAGCUACAACAGAGACUGAUGCCAUUCCAAAAGGAGGGGGUCAAAUUCGCCCUAUCAAAGAAUGGAAGGUGUAUGAUCGCAGAUGAGAUGGGUCUAGGGAAGACGGUUCAGGCUAUCUCUGUGGCCUACGCCUACAGACAGGAGUGGCCUCUGCUCAUCGUGGUGCCCUCUUCUCUAAAGUACCCCUGGAUCGAGGAGAUGGAGAGGUGGAUCCCUGAGCUCAACCCUGGAGAUAUCAACCUGGUGGAGACGAAGAGUGACACGCUGGGGAUCAGUAGCAGUAAGGUAACAGUUUUAGGUUACGGGCUGCUCACCACAGAUGCACGCCCCCUGGUGGAGGCUCUGACCAGACAGAGGUUUAAUGUGGUGGUGGUGGAUGAGUCCCACUACCUCAAAUCCAGGAACGCAGCCAGGUCUAAGAUACUGGUACCACUCAUCCAGAACGCCAAGCGGGCCAUCCUACUGACGGGCACCCCGGCCCUGGGACGGCCAGAGGAGCUCUUUAUGCAGAUAGAGGCUCUCUAUCCUAGGAUGUUUGGAACGUGGAGUGACUACGCCAAACAAUACUGUAACGCCCACUACAGGUUCUUUGGUAAUAGGAGACAGUGGGACAGUCGUGGUGCCUCUCAUCUUGAGGAACUCCACCAGCGUCUCAGUGAGAUCAUGAUCCGGAGGCUGAAGGUCCAGGUCCUCCCCCAGCUACCCCCCAAAAUACGCCAGCGCAUCCCCUUCGACCUGCCCAAAGACGCUGCCAAGGAGGCGAGCGGCAGCUUGGAGGAGUGGGAGCGCCUGAUGAGGACGAUGGGUUCGGGGGUCUCUGCCACGGACAACCCCUUCACUGAAGUCAUGGGGCUCGUGACACGCAUGUACAAACAGACCGCCAUCGCUAAGGCCGGAGCAGUGAAAGACUACAUAAAGAUGCUGCUGGAGACUGAGAAGUUAAAGUUCCUGGUGUUCGCUCAUCACCUGACCAUGCUACAGGCAUGUACCGAGGCUGUCAUCGAAGCCAAGGCCAGUUACAUCCGUAUUGAUGGCAGUGUUCCGUCCUCAGAGCGUAUCCACUUGGUUCACCGGUUCCAGAAUGACCCUGAGACGCGCGUGGCCGUCCUCAGCAUACAGGCAGCUGGGCAGGGCCUGACGUUCACAGCAGCCACUCACGUGGUGUUUGCUGAGCUGUACUGGAACCCUGGCCAUGUGAAGCAGGCUGAGGACCGGGCGCACCGCAUCGGACAGACCGCCUCCGUCCACGUGCACUACCUCAUCGCCAAGGGAACCUUUGACACCGUCAUGUGGGGCAUGCUCAACAGGAAGGAAACGGUAACGGGCAGUACUCUGAACGGUAAGAAGGAGUACUUAAAGGCAGAGUUGGGGGAUAAGGACAAAUGGGACUUCCUGAAUUUCGCUGAGGCGUGGACACCAAGCGAGACGACCCUGGCAGCAGGAGGAGUGGUUGACAAUGACAAAGAUCCUGUGUUCUUUAACCAUUUUGAGAAGGACAAACAGCACGACAUCCGUUCGUUCUUCUCUCCGGACGCGGGUAAAGAGAAGAAGAGGAAAAGAACAGAGGUUUGCCUUUCCCCCGUUACCCCCUCAGAGAAGGAGGGUUCUAUAGAUGUGGAGAACUCAGAGAGUGACAAGGAGAAAAACUACAACUCCCAAGAUCCCCCUGACCUCCAGGACCUAGACUUCUCUCCCCAGGUGAAGAGGCUGCGGCUGCCCACCUCCACCCUCACCCCCAGCGCUACCCACAGCCCCAGGUCUCGUCUUGGGGGGAAACGGAGGUCCCUCCAUGGGGGGAGAGACACCAGCAGCAGCCCCCUGGCCUCUCUGUUUACCCCCCGUCGGCUCUCUGAGAAAGGGACCCCGCAACCAAGGUUGAGCCCCAGACCAGGACCACCAGAUCAGGGGAAGGGAGAUGAGUGGAGCUGUGGGGCCUGUACUUACUCCAACAGCAUCCUUCUCCUUUACUGUGAGGUGUGUGAGUCCCCACUCCACAGGCCCAGCACUGCUCCAGACACACAAUCUACAGGUUCACCUGCUGUGUCCCCAGGCUCCAGGCCUGAUCAGUCCACCCCUAGAGAACACCCCUGGAUCGUCCUCUCUGGGUCGGACAGCAAGCAGGAGGACCCCCCCUGUCCUGGUCCUGCCUCUCCCAGGACAACUGAACCACAGACGGACGGUCAACAGAGAGAGCAGGAGGAGAGACAGACAGACGGGCAACAGAGAGAGCAGGAGGAGAGACAGACAGACGGUCAACAGAGAGAGCAGGAGGAGGAGAGACAGACAGACGGGCAACAGAGAGAGCAGGAGGAGGAGAAGCUCAAAGCCCAGACAGACAGUGUAUUUAGUCCUGCUGAUGGUGAUGCUACGGCCAGUCUCCCCCUGUACCCCAACAUGAAGUUCUGCGCCAGCAAGAACACUGAGCGUAUCUACCUUUACUCCCAGGAGGACAGUCCACUGCACUGGAAUUUCAUUCCUCUGGACAUUAAACUGGACAGCUGGGAGGACCUGCCUGAAGCCUUCAGACGCAGAGAGAACAGGACACAGAUAUUGAGGUUUGUUCAGCAGUGGAGCACUCUGACAGCCAUGAAGCAGAGACUGAUCCGCCGCAGUGGUCUCCUGUUCUGCAGCCCAGUCCUGGUCCUGGACCAACUGACCAGCACCCAGCGCAAACACAGCAGCACCAAGAGGUAUCUAACCAAAGAAGAUGUGUCCCAGGCCUCUCUCAGUAAGGCCCAGUGUGAUGGAGGAACUGUCCGCAUGGUCAACAAGGAGAUCUUCUUCACCAAGAGGAGAACUGCCUCUAUGUCCCGACCCAACACCUCUGCCUCCGUCCCAGAGAAACCAUCCGAGGUGCACCCAGAGCCUCCUGUUGGUGCUCCUGAGGGCCCGUCAGAGGCUGAAGCUGGGUACCUGCAGGUGCUGGACAGUGAGGGUCGACCCUUGUGUCUGUCCUGCCACAAGGCCUGUGGGUCCACCGGAGGAGCCUGGGACACCUGCUUCUGUAGCCAGACGUGUCAGGAGGAGUUCCAGCUGCGCUCCAGCCAGGCCUACAUGCGUGCCCGGGUACUGCAGACGGAGCAGGGGGUGUGUCAGAGCUGCGGCCUGCAAGCCCACCAGCUGUACCUGAAGGUCCGCGACGCCCCGCCCACACACAGGAAGGAGAUGCUAGAGAACACCGGGCUGGCCCAGCUGUCACUCAAACAGCUGAAUGAGAUGAUCCGUGCCCCCGUGGAGGGUCAGUUCUGGCAGGUGGACCACAUCCGACCCGUCUACAGUGGGGGAGGACAGUGUUCCCUGGACAACCUACAGACACUCUGCACUGUCUGCCACAGAACCAGGACAGCUCAGCAAGCCAAGGACAGAAGCCAGGUGAAGAAAGGACUGGCAGCCUCCAAGGUGGCUUCAGACAUCACUCGCUUCUUCAUAAAGAAAUGAACAUUAAAACCAAAUGUUUUCCUCAACCAAGGAAGGAGGGAAAGUCAGGAGUACUGAGUGACAUAGGAAGGAUGUUUCUUCAGUGUGUUGUCAUCUCUGUGAAGAAGGCUACAUGUCACAGUUGGUUCUCAAUGCUGCCACUGCUGUCCAUGUUAUGGAUUCACCAGCAAUCCAAUGUAGACGAACAUCGCCUCCUUCCUUUAAUGACACCAUGUUCAAGUUGGAUCAUUGAGAGUGUUGACGUGAAGACUGUUCUUUCAGGGUUGUUUUUGUUGAGUUACCUGAAUAGAUUUGACUAAACAAUGCUGCCUGUAUCAAAUGCAAAUGUUCCAAAUGAGCAGCUACGCUCCUUCCCAUGUUGUCCCCGAACCGUCAGCAGUGAGCCUGGGUUGAUUUAUAACGGGCUUAUCUAGCUCAGAUACAGGCUGAACUGAACCAAGCUGGGCAGGCUGCUGCCUGUUUGAAUUGCCAGCCUGCCUGCAUGCCUGCCGAGCGCUCGCUGCUAUUUUAGGUUGUGCAAACUUGGUAGAAAAACCCUGAUAUGUGUGAUGCUCUAGUUUACAUCUUGACAGGAUAUCACAAGUGUUUUCCUUCAUGUCCUCUACAUGUAGUCUAGAUGAUAGUGUCUUUAUGUCCUCUACAUGUAGUCUAGUGUCUUUAUGUCCUCUACAUGUAGUCUAGUGUCUUUAUGUCCUCUACAUGUAGUCUAGUUGAUAGUGUCUUUAUGUCCUCUACAUGUAGUCUAGAUGAUAGUGUCUUUAUGUCCUCUACAUGUAGUCUAGAUGAUAGUGUCUUCAUGUCCUCUACAUGUAGUCUAGUUGAUAGUGUCUUUAUGUCCUCUACAUGUAGUCUAGUUGAUAGUGUCUUUAUGUCCUCUACAUGUAGUCUAGUUGAUAGUGUCUUUAUGUCCUCUACAUGUAGUCUAGAUGAUAGUGUCUUUAUGUCCUCUACAUGUAGUCUAGAUGAUAGUGUCUUUAUGUCCUCUACAUGUAGUCUAGAUGAUAGUUUCUUCAUGUCCUCUACAUGUAGUCUAGUUGAUAGUGUCUUUAUGUCCUCUACAUGUAGUCUAGAUGAUAGUUUCUUCAUGUCCUCUACAUGUAGCCUAGUUGAUAGUGUCUUUAUGUCCUCUACAUGUAGUCUAGUUGAUAGUGUCUUUAUGUCCUCUACAUGUAGUCUAGAUGAUAGUGUCUUUAUGUCCUCUACAUGUAGUCUAGAUGAUAGUGUCUUUAUGUCCUCUACAUGUAGUCUAGAUGAUAGUGUCUUUAUGUCCUCUACAUGUAGUCUAGAUGAUAGGUUUUCUGUGAUGUCUACUGUUUUAGCUGGAGUCUUGGAUUUGUUAGACUGAGCAUGAAUGGAUGAACAAACUCGACUGAAAUGAAAAUAAAACUCUAUUAUUCUCCUGUUGA